GAUAAACCGGUAAGGAGCGCGCCUUUCGGCCAGCAGUUGCCGCUAAGUGGGCUCGGCGCUGUGACGACUCCUUAUCUGCUGUUCCCGCUUCGCCGCCAGCUGAGCUCCGACAACAUGAAGGUCCUGCUGGUGGCGGUGGCCGCCGCCGUGGCGCUGUCGGCGCUGGGGCCUGCCUGCGAGGCGGCGGACAUCUUGGCGGCGUUCCCCUUCCCCAGCAAGAGCCACUGGCACGUGUUCCGGCAGCUGCUGCACGCGCUGGCGGCCCGCGGGCACCGCCUCACCGUCAUCGCCUACUUCCCCGAGGAGAAUCCGCCGCCUGGCUGGGAGCACAUCAGCCUCGAGGCCUCGCAGGGCGCCGCACCUCAGGCUCCAAAUUUCUUCGAGGUCGGCGACGCAGGAGCGGUGAUCGAAGCGCUGAUGGUGUCUGGGGUGGGGAAGAGGCUGUGCGCCGCCAUGAUGGAGACGGAGGGCGUGAAGCAGCUGGUGACAUCUGGCGACAGGAAGUUCGACCUGCUCCUGAUCGAGGUGUUCUCGAACGACUGCUACCUGGCGUUCGCCCACAAGUACCGCGUGCCCGUGGUGGGGGCGGUGGCGCUCGGCGGCGGGCUCAGCUGGAUGACCGACAUGGUGGGCAACCCCUUCCCACACGCCUACCUGCCGGAGCCCAUGCUGCCCCUCAGCACCGGCAUGAGCUUCCUGCAGCGCAUGCACAACUCGCUCUUCGGCAACUUCCUCAGGUUCUACCGGCAGUUCUAUUACCUCCCGUCGCUGGACUCCAUGGUUCGCCAGCAUUUCAGUGACCCCGACAUGCCGUCCCUGGCAAACCUGGAGCGCAACACGUCACUCCUGCUGGUGAACACUCACGUCAGCUUCUAUUACCCCCGGCCUCUGGUGCCGAACAUAAUAGAGGUUGGAGGCAUGCACAUCAAGCCUCCGAAGAAGCUGCCACAGGACCUGCAGAAGUUCAUGGAUGACGCAAAAGAUGGCGUCAUAUUCUUCAGUUUGGGCAGUAACAUCAAGAGCUCAGACAUUCCCGAGAAACAAAAGGCGGCGAUUCUCAGCGUAUUCUCAAAACUGAAGCAGAAAGUGCUGUGGAAGUUUGAUCUGGAAAGUAUGCCCAACCAGCCAGCGAACCUAAAACUGAGCAAAUGGUUUCCCCAAAAUGAUCUGCUCAAUCACAAGAACAUGAAGUUGUUCAUAACGCACGGCGGGCUGAUGAGCAUACAGGAGGCGAUAUCGGCCGGUGUGCCGCUGCUGGGGAUCCCUGUUUUCGGCGACCAGAACGCCAACCUGGCCAGAGCAGAGGCCGACGGCUUCGGAAUGAAACUUCGGGUCAACGAGCUGACUGAAGAGUCCUUCGGUAGGGCUCUCAACGAACUCCUGACCAACCCCAAGUACAAACAAAACGCGGAGAAACGCUCCGUGCUGUUCCACGACCGGCCAGAGAAGCCAAUGGAGACUGCGGUGCACUGGACGGAGUACGUGAUACGGCACAAGGGCGCCUACCACAUGAGGUCGGCCUCGCUGGACCUGGCGUGGUACCAGUACCUGCUGCUCGACGUCAUCGCGGCGCUGGUGCUGCUGCUUGGGGCGCUGCUGCUGCUCGUGGCGCUCUCUGUCAGAGCUCUGUACAGGGCCGCCAGGGCGGCGCUGGGGUCGCCGCCAGACGGCAAGAACAGGCCCAAGCGGGACUAGGGCCGCCAUUUCUAUUCACACAUACACACACACACACACACACACAC